AUGUCUACUAGAGCAGAAACAAAGGGAGUGGGAGCUAUUUCCAGUGACGGGAGUUUAAACAUGGCUCACGUGCAAACCUCCAGGAAAGGCUUUUGUUCAGUCCGACAUGGGCUGGCGCUCAUCGUGCAUCUCUGCAAUUUUUCACUUAACUCCCAAAAGAUGAGCCUGAGCAUCGCCAUGCCAGCUAUGGUGAACAGCACAGCCUGGCCUGGCCCACUCAAUGCCUCCACAGAAAGGCCUUCCGCCAACUCCCAGGACGGAUGGAAUGAAACUCUACAGCAACUUAAGGCAGUGGCUCCUCUGUAUGACUGGAGUCCUGAAAUCCAGGGGAUCAUUCUCAGCUCUACCAACUAUGGCUCAUUCUUGGCUCCAAUCCCUACUGGCUACAUAGCUGGACUCUUUGGAGCCAAGUAUUUGGUGGGUGUCAGCCUGCUUCUUUCCUCAAUCUCGGCCCUCUUUAUCCCAUUGGCCGCUGAUGCAGGGGUGCUCUCGCUCAUUGUCCUGCGGAUUGUUCAAGGCAUAGCCCAGGUUAUGGUAUUAACAAGCCAGUAUUCAAUUUGGGUCAGAUGGGCUCCCCCACUAGAAAAGAGUCAACUCAUCAACAUUGCUUCAUCAGGGGAAUUGAUGGGAGCCUUCAUUACUUUGCUCGUCGGGGGUUUCCUCUGCCAGACCAAAGGGUGGCCUUCUAUCUUCUAUAUCUUUGGUGGAAUUGGCUGUGCCUGUUCUCUUCUCUGGUUUCCUCUUGCUUAUGAUGACCCCAUAAAUCACCCAUUUAUCAGCACCAGUGAGAAGGAAUAUAUCGUGUGUUCACUGGCUCAACAGGACUGUUCACCAGGCUGGUCCCUUCCCAUUAAGGCUAUGAUCAAAUCCCUACCACUUUGGGGCAUUUUAGUCUUUUAUUUCACCGGAUUCUGGACUUUUAAUAUUUUGAUGGCAUACAUGCCAACAUACAUCAGCUCUGUACUUCAAGCUAACCUCAGAGAUAGUGGAAUCCUGUCAGCCCUGCUGUUAGGUGUCGCCUUUAUCAGCACUAUCCUUAGCGGUCUACUGGCAGAUUUUCUUCACUCCAGAAACAUCUUCAGACUCAUUACCAUCAGGAAACUCUCUACCGCCAUCGGGGUUCUUGUCUCAUCUGUGGUCCUCGUGUCCCUGUACUGGGUCAGAUCCAGCAUCAGCACCAGUAUGGGCUUGUUGGUGCUAUCUUCUGCCACUACCACCUUCUGCCAAACAGGAGCCCUUAUUAACUUCUUGGAUAUUGCUCCUAGGUACACCAGCUUUCUCAGGGGACUAUCACAAGUCUUUGGCCACUUAUCAGGAGCCAUUUCUUCCACCGUUGCCGGAUUCUUGAUCAGUCAGGAUUCUGAGUUUGGCUGGAGAAAUGUCUUCUUGAUUUCAGUUUCUAUUAACAUGUCAGGCUUGGUCUUCUACCUCAUCUUCAGCCAAGCAAAGGUCCAGGACUGGGCUACAGAGCAGACCGUCACUCAGCUCUGA